AUGUCUUUUCAAACCGUGGGCAGCGCGUUCAGCCGCUCGCUGUGGAGCAGAGGAAGCAGGAGUCCCGCGCUCCCCAGGUCCUCCGCAGUCAACAGGCUGUCAGGAGGAGCAGGAGCAGCGGGAGGUGCAGGAGCAGCGGGAGCAGGAGGAGGGCAGGGGCACACUCAGCAACUAUGUUCCAGCUCCGACCCGGACAGGCCCAGUGCAGACGUGCCCUCACCCACGGAGCCUCCCGGUGCCAAGAAGCGACCGGCGGGGCCCGUGGGCGCCCCUGGUGUCGGUGCCGUGAGGAGACGGUCGUUCACCUCCACCGCUGCUCCGGUGGACCAGAGGUCUUAUCUGUGGGCCCGGUACAACGACCUGAGGCGGCUGGUUCACGACCUGAUCCCACCAGGUGCGUGCAAAAGCCUCAACUCCUCCACCAUCUACGCCAACAACGAGGUCAGCCUGGCCGAAGUGGACAUCUACGGCUUCGACUACGACUACACACUGGCCCUGUACUCAAACGCUCUCAACACGAUGAUCUACAACACAGCACAGAGCUUUCUCAUCGAACACUUCAAGUACCCUGAGGGCAUCCGCACAUACGACUACAUUCCCAACUUCGCUGCUCGGGGUCUUCACUACGACAUCCAAAAGGGUCUUCUGAUGAAGAUCGAUGCCUUCCAUUACAUUCAGCCUGGAACAGUGUAUCGCGGUCUGAGUCCUGUGCCAGACGAGGAGGUCCUUCAGCUCUAUGGAGGAACUUUCCACGUGCCUCUGCAGCAGGACAGUGGCUUCUAUGGGAAGGGACCAAAGGUGAAGCAGUUCAUGGACAUCUUCUCCAUCCCCGAGAUGACUCUCUUGGCCGUGGCAAAUGAUUUCUUCAUCACCAACGACAUAGAAUAUGAUCCAGUUCACCUCUUCAAGGACGUCUCUGAAGCGAUCGGCAUGGUUCACCUCAAAGGCUACAUGUACAAAUGGGUCAUGCAAGAUCUGGAUAAGUUCAUUCUGCGAGGAGAGGAGACGGACGCCGUUCUGCACCAACUCGUCAGGAAUGGAAAGAAACUGUUCCUCAUCACCAACAGUCCCUUCAGCUUCGUCGAUAAAGGAAUGUCAUACAUGGUGGGAAAAAACUGGAGAGACUUCUUCGACGUUGUCAUCGUACAGGCGGACAAACCUCACUUCUUCACCGACUGCAUCAAACCGUUCCGACGCUUGGACGAUAACGGAGACCUCCGGUGGGAUAAGAUUAGAAGUUUGGAAAAAGGGCAGAUCUACAAACAGGGAAACUUGUUUGACUUUCUCCGGCUGACGGGGUGGAGAGGAUCAAAAGUCCUUUACUUUGGAGACCAUCUUUACAGCGACCUGGCUGACCUGAUGUUGCGACACGGCUGGCGUACGGCAGCGAUAGUACCCGAGCUGGAGCAGGAAACCAAAGUGGUGAGCACAGACCGCUACGCUCUGAGCCUCACGUGGCUACAGGCUCUGACCGGCCUGAUGGAGCGUCUGCAGACUCAUCGGGACCUUGAGUCGAUACAAGUUUUUCAGGAAUGGCAGAAAGAACGAGAGGAACUCAGGAUCAUGACAAAGAACUUGUUCAACCCUCAGUUCGGCAGCAUCUUCAGGACGUGUCACAACCCCACCUACUUCUCCAGGCGCCUGUGUCGUUUCUCAGACGUCUACAUGGCGUCCCUGAGCUGUCUUUUGAAUUAUGACCUCUCGUACACCUUCUACCCGCGCCGCACGCCCCUGCAGCACGAGGCUCCUCUGUGGAUGGAUCAGCUUUGCACAGGCUGCAUGAAGACGCCGUAUCUGGAGGAGAUGUCUCACAUUCGAUGAGAGCAGCUCCCUCCUCAGACUGACUGAUUUCUUAUUGUAGGACUGGUGAAUACUUGAGAUGGAUUGAGGACUAGAUUGAGGAUUUUUUUUUAAAGCAGGGUUUCGGUUUUCGUCAAGAAGGUCACGCACAACUUCCUCUGCAACAGUCCCCUUCCACUGAAACCCCUUUUAGCUGAGAUAACCCUGAAACAACCUGGUUGAUUUCCCUUGAGCUAGAGCCUCCGUAGAGCCAGGUCUUUAGGUCACUGUAUACGACAACUCAACAUCAAGUAUGGCAGACAACAGCAUCUCUUAUUAGUUUCGUUAACUAAUACAAAAAUCCACCCAUUCACACACACAUUCAUACAGUGCAUCCAUGUGCACACAUGCAUCAAUCAUACACUGGCAGCACAGCCAUUAGGCAAUUUGUGGUUCGGUAUCUUGUCCAAGGACACUUCGGCACUCGGAGUGGGGAAGUCAGGGAUCGAACCGCCGAGCUUCUGGUUAGUACGCAAAGCCACAGCCGCCCCAUAUAGCUCUGUUUUUAAAAAAUGUAACGGUGGUGGAAAAGGGGAAACAGUGACCCACUUACAAAGUGAAUGCACUAGGGGGUGCUGUAGAUUUACUGAUCCCCCCAGAGAAUGCAGUUCAUGUUACAUGUUGAUGCACAGUCUCUGGUGUCUGGAUUUUAUAAGUAUUAUGUAAUUGCUGAGCAAUAAUUACGCUAACGUCGCACAACUACAACAAAUAAAAAAUGUAAAAAACUC